ACGCGCAGUGCUAGGCUAGCUUUAGCUUUCACUGGAGCUCCACCCGUCGUGUUCAACGGUUUAUUUUCUUAAGUUUAUCUGUUUUUAAAUAGCAUGUCGUGUUUAUAUUUCUUGGCAUCAAUUGUACUUUAGUAAUUUAUCUGAAAUACAAAGUGAACGUGUAUUUUUUUUCCAGCGUUGUUAAACCUUACAUUUGGCAAGCCGUAGCCUAGUGGUUAAGGUACUGGACUAGUAAUCAGAAGGUCGCUGGUUCAAGCCCCACCACUGCCAAGUUCCUACUGUUGGGCCCUUGAGCAAGGCCCUUAACCCCUCAAUUGAUCAGACUGUAUACUGUCACAGUACUCAUGUAUUGCAAUGACUGCUGAUGCAGACUGGGAUUCAGCGGGCAGACAGAGUCAUUUUCGUAAUCAGCACCUUCUCAAGACCUUUUAACAGGUGAAGAUCCCAGUUAGAGCGAGGCUUAGAGAGGAGAAGAAGGCUGCACAUCUCACAAGUCUUUAAACAGCAGAAAUAAUUGAGCAACACUCACAGGCCGAUGAACAUGCAGUGCAAAAUCACCCUGUUGGACGGAUCUGAUUACACCUACACGGUGGACAAAAAAGCCAGAGGGCAAGUUCUGUUCGAUAAAGUAUGUGACCACCUCAAUCUUCUUGAAAAGGACUACUUUGGCCUCACGUACCGUGAUGCAGAACAUCAGAAGAGCUGGCUGAACCCUGCCAAAGCAAUAACAAAACAAGUUAGAACUGGCCCCUGGAACUUUGGGUUUAAUGUGAAGUUCUACCCUCCUGAUCCAGCCCAGCUCUCUGAAGAUAUUACAAGAUACUACCUGUGUCUGCAGCUAAAAGAUGAUGUGGUGUCUGGUCGUUUGCCCUGCUCUUUUGCCACCCACUCGAUUCUGGGUUCGUAUAUUGCCCAGUCUGAGGUGGGAGACUACGACCCAGAUGAGCUAGGCAGCGAUUACAUCAGCGACCUCCGCUUUGCCCCGAACCAAACCAAAGAGCUGGAAGAGAAAGUUGUAGACCUGCAUCGCAAUCUAAAGGGAAUGACUCCAGCUGAUGCUGAGAUGCUUUUUCUCGAAAAUGCCAAGAAACUCUCCAUGUAUGGAGUAGAUCUUCAUCAUGCCAAGGACUCUGAAGGUGUGGAGAUUAUGUUAGGUGUGUGUGCCAGCGGCCUCCUUAUAUACAGAGACCGACUGCGCAUAAACAGAUUUGCCUGGCCCAAAAUCCUCAAGAUCUCCUACAAGAGAAACAACUUUUAUAUCAAGAUCCGACCUGGAGAGUUCGAGCAGUUUGAGAGCUUAAUUGGUUUCAAACUUCCAAACCACAAAUCGGCAAAGAGGCUGUGGAAAGUCUGUGUGGAGCAUCACUCCUUCUUCAGGCUAGUGACUCCUGAGGCUCCUGCUAAAAAGUUCCUGACACUGGGCUCUAAAUUCCGCUACAGCGGGAGAACACAGGCACAAACACGCCGUGCCAGCUCUCAGAUCUCACGAGCUGCUCCACACUUUCAGCGCUCCACAAGCAAACGCCACACCAGCACUCGCAGUCUGGACGGAGCACCAGCCAUGGCCAACAACGACACUCUGAUAAAGGAUUUCAAGCCUGCUGUUGCUGCAGAGCCGCUCAUCACCACUGUAACUCCAGAGAAAAAGUUGGAAGAAGAGAAUGCAGAAGAGAAUGCAGAAGAGGAUGGAACAGCAACUCCUACAGAAACAUCUGAACCUGUUCCUCCCUCUCCUGAUACCAAGACCACAGAAGACGCCAAUGCUGCACCUGCUCAGGACGUUUUGGAAGAAAAGCCUGAGCUUGUGGAGGAGGCCAUCACAGAGUCUGAGGAGCUCAGUGAGCCAGUGGAGCCGAUCAUGACCACGGAGGUUCCCGUAGUCCAUACAGAGACCAAAACAAUCACUUACGAGUCCUCUGAGGUUGAUGUCAAUGGUGACACAGAGCCUGGUGUUCUGAUGAGUGCUCAGACCAUCACCUCUGAGAAUAACAGCACCACGACCACCACUCACAUAACAAAGACGGUAAAGGGGAGCGUCUCGGAGACACGGAUCGAGAAGAGGAUCGUCAUCACAGGAGAUGCAGACAUCGAUCACGACCAGGCUCUGGCCCAGGCCAUAAAAGAGAUCAAAGAGCAGCACCCAGACAUGUCGGUCACCAAAGUAGUGGUUCAUAAAGAGACGGAGAUCUCAGCUGGUGAGGGUGGCCAGUGAAGCAGGAAUAAGAAUUGAGUCUCAUGGAGAACAGUGCCAUUUACCCCCACCCCGUGGAUGUUCAGCCUCUGGAAUUGUUCAGUCUUCAGAGGAUAAAGCUCCUACAAGCUGGAAAAGUGGAGAAGAAAUGAUUCAAAAAGCCCAGUAAAACACACCUGCACUGUGGCAAUAUCAUUCAUAAGAUGAUGAACUCAGAAUUUCAUUGAAAUGAAGAGUUAUUUUGAAUAGCAUUAAUCUGAGGCCAUAAAACUGACCACUGCAAUACAUAAAAUCUCCAAAUGGGGUUGGGGUUUGGGCGAUUACCUGCCUUAAAUUCAAUCUUUUAUAGUGUAAUCAUAAAGUGUUUAAUUUAUGCAAACUUAUUUAUAGUAAACUCUUAAUUGGCGUGCCAACCACAAUGUAAAAAAAGUAUCACAUUCUUUAUUCCAGUGUUUCAGAGAGUUCCAAGUUGAGAAGCAGUUUGAUAUAGAUUAUACUUGUCCACAUUUUAUAAUGAUUUUAUAAAUUGAGCCAAAAGGCCAUAGAUUUUAAAAGCUAUUAAGUUAAAGUGUUUAAGUCUUGUACAUACAGUAUACACGCUUCUUAAAGCUUUAGAAUCACAAGAGUUCUCUUUUCUGAGAUGUUUUUACACAGUUGUUUAAAAUGGUUAUUUGUUAUUUGUUAGUGUUAUGAAUACUAUAAGUAUGAAACUCUUGCCACUGUUUGAAGGGCUGCUGUUGGUUUAUCUCACAAACCCUAAUAUGAAAUUCACUUUUUAUCUCACAGUGAUCCACAACUGUACGUGGCUUAAAGUUCACUUCUGGAACUAGAAAUGAAGAGAGAACCCUUGAGGCUUUUCUGAACUUUGAUCCAAUUACAAAGUGUUCGUCUCCUCAGGUGGUUCAUCAUCCUCUAGUGACCGAAAAUCAAUCCUGUUAUUUUUCCCUUCCUGAACACAGUGUGAAUUAUACAGACCCCCACACAAAAAGGAUUUUGAUGUGAUUAAUUUUGGUUUAUUUUUGAAAUAAAUAUUAAUAAAAUCUAUCAAUGAAAUUGUGA